AAGCGGCUGCACCGCGCCCAGAGGUGGCCUCAAGGGUUGCGGGCAACAUGGCGGCGCUGGCGGCUCCCCGCGUGGCCCGCGCUGGGAUGCGUCUCCUGCGGCCCGGCGCCGCGACGCCCGGCCGCGCCCGCCCGCUCCACGGGACGCCGCAGACCGACGGCGCGGACAGCCCCGGGCAGGCGCAGCCCAGGAGCGCGGCGCUCGUGCAGAAGCAGCCGUGGGCCCCGACCGCGCGCGGGGAGUACGUGGUCGCCAAGCUCGACGACCUGAUCAACUGGGGCCGCCGGAGCUCCAUGUGGCCGAUGACCUUCGGCCUGGCCUGCUGCGCGGUGGAGAUGAUGCACAUGGCUGCUCCCCGGUACGACAUGGACCGCUUCGGGGUGGUGUUUCGGGCCAGCCCCCGGCAAGCCGACGUCAUGAUUGUGGCCGGCACCCUGACGAACAAAAUGGCUCCUGCUCUGAGGAAGGUGUACGACCAGAUGCCCGAGCCGCGUUACGUGAUCUCCAUGGGGAGCUGUGCCAACGGCGGCGGGUACUACCACUACUCCUAUUCUGUCGUGAGGGGUUGCGACCGCAUCGUCCCAGUGGACAUCUACGUUCCAGGCUGCCCGCCCACUGCAGAAGCCUUGCUGUAUGGAGUCCUGCAGCUUCAGAAGAAAAUCAAGCGGGAGAAAAAGAUUCAGCUCUGGUACAGGAAAUAGCCUCCUUUAUUUAUGACCCAGCCACUCAUGCUACUCUGACAAAGCACCUGUCUUACGCACAGCUAUAUUCUGCACAAGCUUCGUAAUAAAGUUUUGCCUCUUCA